GCUCGCACAGGCAGUGGCACUGGUUCAGUGUACAGCUAGAAGUGAUUACAUAUGUGUUGUGCACGUCUAUUAAGUUAUCUAGUUAUUUUAGGCACAUCUUUGAACAUAUGAAUGACCUUUUAUACGGAGAAAGGAAUCAACAAAGAAGAAGAGGACGCAGUUUAAGGAGAAGAGGUCAUCAAAAAAAACAGAAAAGGAUGUAAUGGCUCAUUUUUCUAAUUUUGUAAUAUGUCAAUAGGGAAAUGCAAAGGAAAACACAUGUACUUUUUCGACGACACGGAUUUUAUGAAAAAAUAAGAUAUGUGUUCCAAGGCCGUGUUUGCAAGUUAGAGAAGACAUCUGAAAUACCGGAUAGGAUGAUGGCCCUCAAGCUUUUGAAUCCUUGUCGAUCAAACAUUGAACUCAUCCUCAGGAUUUUAGUGUUUCUCUCGGCCAAUACUCUAGUAACCGGUAUCAAUCAAUGUCAACACAUGUAUUCAGAUAUGUAUUCCGUGUGUAAAAUAGAAAAUUCAACACUGCCGGAACUGUGUUGUAUCAACAACUGCUGUAAUGUAGAGACAUCAUGUCCAAGUUAUACAGCAAAUCAACGCUGUGUUUGUAGAACGGGGACUCUGUGGAAAAUAUCCGAAUUGCAUGCAUUGGAUGUGGAAUACACGACAGUUCGGGGAUCCGCCAUAGUUAGUGGUCAAAAUGAUGUUAAGUCAAAACUGGAACAUGAAGCUGGAUAUCUAACCACUCUGCCGAUAAACAUAUGUGAUUACCAUUUAUUGUAUCAUAUCGACUUGAAAAAGAACAAAAUCAGGGAAAUUAGAAAAAUAUCAUGCCUUGCUCAUCUAGAUACAUUGGAUUUGAGUGAAAAUCGGGUUUCAAUAAUUCACAAUAAUACAUUCCAAGGACUAUUAUCGCUACGACAACUUAAUCUGGCACAUAACAUGAUAAGUUACAUAGAACCAUAUUCAUGGUCGCAUCAAACGUCCUCUAUAUUAAACCUGCAGCUGGAUGACAAUGAUCUAUUGAAUAUUGACAUUACGAAUGUCAUUAUCAAUCGACCAUUCUGUAAGAUUGAUUAUAGACAAAAUAAGAUACAAAAUGUCAUCAACGAGGUUGACUGGACAUUAACAGCAAAGGAUGAAAUCGUCCAAGGUGGUUUCGUAGAUCUUACUGAGAAUAGCUUGACCGGAGUUAUCGACUUUCUUCAUCUCGGAGUUGCAGAUCUCAGAGUCCUGGGGAAAAUAUUUUCCUAUGGCAUUGACAUUCGCGACAUUCCUUUGAGAUGUGACUGUAAAAUGGAGCCAUUCUUACAUAUGGCCGAAUCUGUUCUUCAAUUGUUAUGGAGAUCUUAUUUCAACAUGUGCUGCUUUUAUCCAGAUCAACUGCAGAAUCAAUCGGUACCGAAUCUCAUAAUGUUGAAGCAAUUCGAUCUCUUUGUGUGUGACAUACCGCGCAAUGAGAGCUGUCCUUACGAUUGCAACUGUUAUACACAACCAAGCAAGAACCGUGUAGUGGUAAAUUGCUCUGGGCAUGGCCUUGAUAAAAUGCCAGAAGUCUUGCCCAGAAAAGACCUUCCCCUAGAAAUAUAUCUAGACAAUAACUCCAUAUCCAGACUUUCUUGGCGAGGAUACCUUAAUCAAACACGGAAAUUGGUCUUAUCCAAUAACAUCAUUACAACAAUUGAUGGCUCUGCUAUUGAUCAGCUACAGAAUGCAACAGAAGUAGACUUGCGAGGAAACACAGGAAUUAAGAAAUUACCUAGUGAAAUUCAGUAUUAUAAACCAAGUACAUUUAUUUUUGGAGAGCUUAAAAUUAACUGUGAUUGCGAAAAUGUAUGGUUUGGAAAAUGGAUCGAAAUUAAUCACAACGAAAAAGGCGACAACAACCACUUUUGGUGCCAAACUGUAACGAAUGCAAAGGAGGCGGCUGAACUAGUAACAGAAGAUUAUCUGGAUUGUGAGCAGUCGAAAGUGCCUACAUGGAUACCAAUUUUAUUCGCAAUUCUUACCUCUCUGGUCCUGGGUAUAGCAUUAAUAAUCAAAUUGUUCAAAUACGAGAUUUACUUGUUGUUUCGACGGCUCAGAAACAAAUAUGAGCGCCAACAUUGGUCUUAUGACGUGUAUAUAUUAUAUGACGAGUCAGUGAAUGAGAUACAUAAAUGGAUUAUAAAUGACUUUCUGCCAUCGUUGGAGGCAGACGGCUACCUUGUUUGCCUGCCUAGUAGGGAUUUCAGCAUAGGGAUUCCAUAUGAAGAGGAAUUCGCUCGUUUUAUGGAACAGAGCAAAUUUGUUUUGAUAGUAUUGUCCAAAAAUGAGAGAAAUGUAUUGUGGGAUUUGGAAUGGAAGCAGGCUUGGUAUUCUUACAGAUAUUAUAAUAUCAAAAGCAUAAUCGUGAUAAAUUUCGAUAUGUUCGACUACGCCUCCGUGCACCACCCGGUCUUACGGGCGUAUAUCCGGCUUGGGAUGUACCUUGACUUUUCCAACAUGGAAAAGUCAUUAAUUAUCGACACCAAGAAAAUGUUAGGGUGUUCUAGUAGAACAAAUCGCAGACUAAAAAACGAAUUUUGUAACCCCAAUACACGAUUUAAGCGCCAUGACUUGUUGAUGAAGCGUUGAGGGGAUUUCUCCUCUUUUGAUGAUACUUUUUUACGUGUUGCCUAUUAUAGGUCAAACAGUAUCGGCUUACUUGUACAACCAAAGAUCUUAACACUACUAGCAUCAGGAUUUUGUUCGAGUAAAUUUAGUUUGAUUUUCCCUUGUCAAAAUGUAGUAUACGUAUGCAUGUGUUGUAUAACACUUCAUCAACCUGUUCCGGACUUCAGGUUUUGAUUAUCAUAUCAUUACAAUUUUGGACAGCAGUUUCGUUUAUAACGCUUGAAUGACCAAAGACUAGCAAUACACACUAAUUAUCAGAAGUUAGAUACUAAGAGCCUCGAAAAAGACUAAUGGCUGGUAUCAAGUUUUUAAUACUUUAUAAGGAUUUGUUAUGAGUUUACAGGUACGAUUUUAACCGAGACCUAUCCUAAUUAAUUUCAAACUUACGAUAUCUACGUACAUAUGAUAGUCAUGAAUUGAAGAGCAUCCUUCUACCAUAAGGUCCCAUAUGGUUCCUUCCAUUCUGAAGUGUUUUCAGGUUUUGGAGCGACCCAGUGUCCAAUAUGGCGUACGAGGCUUUUUAUUCGCUUUUCUGGCUAAAUCCGAUUAGCUUUAUAUAUUUAGCGACUUUAAUAUUUUCCUGAAUAACUUUGAACCAAGUUCAAAGAAAUUAUGUUAUAUAAAUGAUACAUAUAGGAAUGUGUUCUUGGUCUUUAUUCAUGAAACCGUUCUUAUGCUCAUACUCAGAUUAUUAGUAUGUGCUCAAACCCAGUUUCUUCUUUCCGUGAAAUCAAUAAAUAACCUUUGUCAAUGAUUUGGAAGAACUUUGGAGAGAUUAAACGCAAUAUAACAUUUGCAGUGUUUAAACUUGGCGUAUUGACCAUUUUACUUGAUUUAAGCAAGUUUAAACAAGUUGGCGUAAACACCAAAUCAAUGCUUUAGAAUGAGAGCGAAUUCAUGAGUACGGUCUUAUAUCUCCAUUCGUGAUUUCAAGCGAUAUUGUUAUGUAGACAACAACUCUACUAUGGAUUCAAAGUUUCCAAGACUUUAUGGAAGUCAUCAGGAUCUCGCAGGGAAAUAUGCUAAUUCUUUGUGUGAUAUGAUUUUUUUUAUACUCAAUAGAGUUGAUUUGUGAUUUUGUUGCCAAGAAUUCUCGAUAUGAUGACGUUUUAUUGGAUUUGGCCUAGAUUUACAUGGCGUGUAUCGUCGAUGAAGCAGAAAACGCUUACCUUUCCGAAACACCUGGUCCUUAGUAUCCGUUUUCUUUUUCAGGGAUCUCCAUUUAAAUAUUUUUUCGUAUUUUGUCCUAGGAUUAUCAAUUUAAAGUUCGGAAUGUGUCGUGAAAACAAAUCGAAGGCACGCGGUUAGCUAUGUCAUUGGUUUUAGGUAAAUAGAAUUACCAAUCGAUAUGCUGAUGAAUGUCCUUUAAAAUUAUAGAGCAGCGACACCAGGACCCAGUUGUUCAAAAGAUGAUUAGCUUAAUCACUGUUUAACGACAUUUUGCAACCUUUAAUAAUUUCGUCAAUAUACAUGGUAAAAUCUCGUUAUUUUACACGUACAUUUAGUCUACUAAAUACUUGAUAUCUGGAAAAAUUGAACUCAGUCAAUAUUUGUGUUUCAAAGAUACACAUAAAUUGUAAUUUGCACUUAUCACUGAUUAACCCAAUCGCCCUUUGAACAACUGGGCCCAAACUUCAAAUCUUGUCAAUUUUACCGUUAUGCUACAGCGCGAUACUUUUGAUGUACAUCGAAAGGAUCAAACUAUACUGCACUUGUACAAUCCAUAACGUGUUAGCCUUCAGUGAUGUCAUGACAUACUCGGAGGUUGCAAAAUGAGCGUAACACCAGGAUUUUCAAAGAUGCAAGUUUUAUCACAUCUCCUCUCGACAUUAUAAUUUUACCGCUACCAGUACCAUUUCCGGUAGGCAUGCUACAGAUCACGCGACACAGUCUAGUGUCGAUUUGUAACGUUUAUCUGGGUUUCAUGGGAUUUGUUUUGGUCCUUUUUAUUCUGUAAUCAAUAUGCAUUUUGUAAACAGUGAUAUGUGUUUUCUCAACAUAAAACGUUCGAUCUGUACACGGCAAAAAAAAACCUUCAGUGAUCCAAUCAAUUUGUAUCAUGAUAUCGCCUGCUUAGGUUGCUAUCAAAUGACAUGAAAACCCACACGUACAAUACACAAACCAAUCAACAGCAAAUUUCAAAAUUGAUAUGCAUCCUAAUAUUCAGGAAUUAUUAUUGAUAUUGGUUAACUGUUGGGAAUGAAAGAUUGACUAGAGAAAAGAAUAUGUUGUACUAAUGGCGGCAGGUCAUACCUACGUACUAUUACCAAGGUACGACUGAUGUUAAAUUUUAAAGAGCUUUUUAUGCAAAGAAACAUUCACUGUUUCACCAAUAUAUUGAGAAUAUUGUUUAAAUAAUCGCUUGAUUUAUGUUUCCUUUGUGAACCAGAAGAGGACGUUAUACAGCUAUAGGUUUUCUCGUGAAAUCCGGGGUCCAGUAAAAUUUAAAAUUGUACAGAGUAUCUUAGGCAUGGUUUGCGACCGGAUUUCAUGUAAUGGAAUAUGUUAUGCAGUUCAAUGAUUUAUCAUCAGAUUGUUAAAAGGUUCAUAUACAGUCUUAUUAUAUAUCAAAACUAGCACAGUAAAUACUAAACAAAUGAAAUCUUCAGAUCUGCAUUGCUUAUUUGACAAUGUCCAUUUUGCAUGCAUAUAUAUCGUAAUAAUGAAAUUCUAGAGUUAUUUACUUCCGGGUAUGAUAUUUAUCUUGUUUGUAAUGAUUGCAUAAGUCCUAAUACAUGAUCAGCAAACAGGUAAAUGACAUGUUUAUAAUGAGGUUUUGUGUGACAAUCUUAAUAAAACUCCGGAAUAAGGUUUGGCGUCGAAAGUACAUCAAUGGGUCAGCACCAGUGACAAGAUAAUAUUUCUGUUGUGAUGGCAGAGAUUCAUGGUAAAGGGAAGCGUCCAAUAUCAAAUGAAAUAUCUUUAUUAGGCUGUAUUUAAUCAAUGAAAUAGGAAAUAAAAAAAAUAUAUGUCAUUGAAUUAUUGAAGAUAAAGUUAACAAAGUUAAACCAAUAACGUCAACAGCAUUGUUAAAUACAAUAUUCAACUACAAGUUUUUACUAUAAUGAUAAAUGAUGUUUGGCUAUCUUCUUCUUAAACUGAAGUCCUAAGAAGAGAGAAAUGUGUGUCGCAAACCCGACUUUGUCCGUGUGGUCUGGUUCUACUAAGGAGACAUUGGAGAAACCAUACUACAAGCAAUGCGACUAAUGCGUCCAUCCUUAAGGAAUCAGGAUUGGUUCCUUUCGUGUCUUCCUGCUAAUGGGGCAUGGGCGACACCACGAAUAGACCUUGGCCCAGUUGUUUAAAAGGUGAUUAGCUUAAUCAGUGAUUAACGAAAAUCCUAAUGUUUGUGUAUCUUUAAGACACAAUAUUUAGUUGAGUGAACGUACAUGCAAAAUUGUGAGAAUUGCCUUGUAUAUUGACAAAAUCAUUAAAGGUUGAAAAUGUCGUUAAACUGUGAUUAAGCUAACCGCUGUUCCCAAUACAUUUGAAACAUAAGAGGCGACUUCCAUUGAUGUCUUCUACUUGAAUCUUGAAUUUGGGACCUCUUUCUUUAUCUCUACCUACUUUUUCCUUUUUGACGGUAUCUUCCUAGGCACUUGUCCUCUCAUGACCUUGGCUCUGCAUAGUGACGACAGUUCACUGAAAGGGAUCUCUUAUCAGUUGUUUCAUGACACCCAUUCGGGAAGUUUGUAAAUGAUUUUAAGGUCAGUUUGCUUUUGAUAAACUAUUUGCCCUCUGCAUGCGCCGCUCGCUUAUCAAAUGACAUGUUUACCGAUUAUAAAUGACCAAGUUACUUGUACCUUUAUUAUUCUAUCGACCUAUUGCGUUUUCCGGUCCUAAAAGCGUAAUCUUGAAACCGUCCCACCUUUAUAUACAUGUACAAUUGAUGUUUGCACAAAUUGUCAAUACUUUAGUGUCAGUAAGUAAUUUACUAGAAGUUAUUUACGAUAUACUAGCUUUAUUUGUUAGUUUUUAUAAAAAUGUGUUUUUUUACAAAACGUUAUAAGAUAAUCGCUAUAUCAUGCACAUUCUCCCCCAGUGUAGUCAUACAUAAUUAUUAUUCGAAACAUUUUGGAUUAGAUUUCUUAAUUGACGAAUUCACCAUAUUGUGCAGUAAAUGUAUGUUUACUUUGGAUUUCUACAUCGACUGUUUUUAAAGUUGCUUUCUGACUUCCUAAUUCUAGAGAUAACAAACUCGACGCUAGCACAGCUCACCUGUACUACCUGUACAAGAUUCUGUUCUAUAAACAAAGUUCACAUAUUCCCACCGAAGAUAACCUGAACAUAGUUCUAAUAUUUCCACCGAAUAUUCUGUACUAUAGACAUAGUUCUAAUAAACUUCCCAAAUAUUCCAUACUAUAAACAUAGUUCAAAUAGUCUCACCGAUGAUUCUGGUUUUUGAGACUAGUCAGAUUAAGGUCUAUUUCUAGGCAUCUAGUUUUAUAUAUGUAUUGUUUUAUAAGUAGUAUUAUGAUGUUUUCUAUAUAAAACUUUGUAUGGUUAUAUGUAUGUUUACCAAAAAGGAAUUCUUGUUUUUCAAAUCUUAGUGUAAGGUUUUUAGUUAUUACCAACUUUUUCGCAAUCUCAUAGCAUAUGAACUAUUGUUUCAUGGUGAAUUUUACAUAAAGUGCAAAGGUUAUUGUGUGAUUUGCUAAUUUUGAAUAAAAAUGUGUUUGUAGUGAUAAUUCUGUUCUGUACUGUAGUUUGGAGUUGGUGGUGGUUUUAAAAGGACAUUCAUAUAUUUUUUUCCAUGUUUCUUCAUCUAUAUUAUCAUUUAAUAUCCAUUUUCUUUGAGCAGUAGGUUUGAUAUUAUUUUUAAUUAAUAUUAAAUAUAUGUCUUGUGUGCUCCUUUACUAUUUUUAAGUAUUAACUUAAGAUUGUUUUUUCUGAAGUAAAAAUGUGAUGAUUUUUUCUUAUAAAAUGAUGCACAGCAUUGUUUAGGCCAUGGUAUGUCAAAAAAUUACAAUUUAUGUUAUAGUUUUCUUGAAAUUCAUCAAAGUGGUAGAGUGAUCCAUCCUGUUUAAUAAUGUUAUAUACAAAUUGUACUCCCUUUUUAAACCAUGAAUUUUUUAAUGUAAAUUUUCUGUCAAUUUUAAUUUCACUAUUGAACCACAGAGGGUUUUCACGUAUAUUUGUAUUGUAUAUAUUGCUAGAGAUAAUAGUAUUGUACCAUGCUUCUAAGACAUCUUUCCAAAAGAAGUUACUACAACGUUUAGAUUCUUCUUUAAAUUUCUCAAGCCCACAGUUAGCUAAUGUUUCUUUAUCAAAAUAAGUUUCUAAAAUAAGAGCCCAAUGUCCUUUUUCUUUAUAUACCCGUCUUAUCCAUGUUGCUUUAAGAGCUGUUAUAAAAGAUGUUAAAUGUAUCAUUUUCAGACCACCUUUUUCAUAACUUUUAAUUAUCACAUCUCUCUUUAUUUUAUCUGGUUUACCAUUCCACAAAAAUUCAUACAGUAUACUAUUAUUUUUUCUUAUAUAUGUU